GAUUCAACAUGGCGGCGCCCUGCUUCGAAAACUUUACUGAUUAAUAACAAACAAAAACGCUCCGAAUCUCAUACAACUGAAGCCACCUUAUACGUUCUUUGGACAGUUGCUUUGCGGAAAAUAUAAUGACAGACAUUUGCAAGUUCGUAGAUUCUAUUAAACCUGAGAAACGAGAUGAAGACUCUUCUCCAGACCCUGAGGAUGUGAAUACAGGCUUGGUCCAAAGUGAAGCAUCAUCACCUGGUUAUCAUCACACUAAAAGCUCGGAGAUGCAAAAGGACAGAAUUUACUCCUGCUCGCUGUGCGGAAAGAGCUUUACUCGAAAGCGUCGUCUUGAACAACACCAUCUAAUCCACACAGGAGAAAAGCCCCAUCAGUGCUCGCAGUGCGGGAAGACCUUUUCCCAGCAGUGUCAUCUUAAAACCCACCAGCGCAUUCACACAGGAGAGAAACCGUAUCAGUGCGCGCAGUGUGGGAAGAGUUUUUCAUAUGACAGUACGUUUAAAAACCACCAGCGCGUUCACACAGGAGAGAAACCGUAUCAGUGCUCGCAGUGCGGGAAGAGUUUUACACAACAGAGCACCUUUAACAAGCACCAGAGCGUUCACUCUGAAGAGAAGCUGUAUCACUGUUCACAGUGUGGGAAGAGUUUUACACGAAACAGUACUUUUAAAAACCACCAGCGCGUCCACACUGGAGAGAAACCGUAUCACUGCUCGGAGUGUGGGAAGACUUUUACACAGCAGAGUUCUUUAAACAGCCAUCAGCAUGUUCACUCCAGAGAGAAGCCGUAUUACUGCUCACAGUGUGGGAUGAGUUUUACACGACACAAUACUUUUAAAAGCCACCAGCGCAUUCACACAGGAGAGAAACCGUAUCGCUGCUCGGAGUGUGGCAAGAGUUUUACACAGUACAGUACUUUGAAAGGACAUGAGCGCAUUCACACCGGAGAGAAACCAUAUCACUGCUCGCAGUGUGGGAAGAGUUUUACACGAAACGGUACUUUUAUAAACCACCGGCGCAUUCACACCGGAGAGAAACCGUAUCACUGCUCGGAGUGCGGAAAGCGUUUUUCCGUACAGACUAAUUUAAAAAAACACCAGAGGAUUCACACAGGAGAGAAACCAUAUUACUGCUCACAGUGUGGGAUGAGUUUUACACAACAGAAUAAUUUAAAAAAGCACCAGCGCAUUCAUACAGGAGAGAAGCCAUAUCAGUGUUCGCAGUGCGGGAAGAGUUUUGCACGAAAAAGUCAUCUUAAACAGCACCAUCUCAUCCACACAGGAGAAAAGCCCCAUCAGUGCUCACAGUGCGGGAAGACCUUUUCCCAGCAAAGUAAUCUUAAAAACCACCAACGCAUUCACACUAGAGAGAAACCGUUUGAAUGCUCAGACUGUGGGAAGAGUUUUACCCUGCAGAGUACUUUUAAAAACCACCAGCGCAUUCACACCGGAGAGAAACCGUAUCAGUGCUCGCAGUGCGGGAAGAGUUUUACGCUCCAGAGCACUUUUAACAACCACCAACGCGUUCACUCUGGAGAGAAGCCAUAUUACUGCUCCCAGUGCGGGAAGAGUUUUACACGACACAGUACUUUUAAAAACCACCAGCGCGUUCACACCGGAGAGAAACCGUAUCACUGCUCCGAAUCGGAGUGCGGGAAGAGUUUUACACUCCGAAGUAGUUUAAAAAACCACCAGCACGUUCAUACCGGGAAGCUGCAUCCAUGUUCACAGUGUGGAAAGAGUUUUUCACAGCAUAGUACUUUAAAAAACCACCAGCUUAUCCAUACAGGAAAGAAGCCACAUUACUGCUCACAGUGUGGGAUGAGUUUCAGAGAGUUAAGUCGUUUAAAAACACACCAGCGCAUUCAUACAGGGGAGAAGAAGCCACAUCAGUGCUCGCAGUGCGGGAAGAGUUUUAGAAAAUUAAGUCAUUUAAAGACACACCAGCGCAUUCACACAGGAGAGAAGAAGCCACAUUACUGCUUACAGUGUGGGAUGAGUUUUACAGAAUACAGAUCUUUUAAAAGCCAUCAGCGCAUUCACACAGAUCAGAAGCACUAUCACUGCUCGCUCUGUGGGACGAGUUUUACACAACAUCCAGGAGCGAAACCUCACUACUGCUCGGAGUGUGUGAAACGUUUUUGUGUCGGUGUAAUAAAAAAAUAGUCAUUUCAAUCAUGCAGAAGUAUGGUGUGUUGUAAUCUCAUCUCAUUAUCUCAUCUCAUUAUCUCGAGCCGCUUUAUCCUGUUCUACAGGGUCGCAGGCAAGCUGGAGCCUAUCCCAGCUGACUACGGGCGAAAGGCGGGGUA